CCUUCUUAUCUUGUUUCUCCACCAUAGAACUUACAACUCACACCAAGCCAAAGCCCAUUCUAACAAUACUAUUCUCAUCUCUUCCUACUAUGGCCUUGUCUCCCUCCACCUUCUUCUAGCCACACAGCAACCUGAAGCACAAUGGUAACCACUGCCUGCAGCUCGUAUCGUGGCACACUGCUGCCUCCAGUCAAUCUCCGGCAACAACCACCAUGCCAUGUUGCAACAAUGACAAUGAGAAAGAGCGGAUUGAUCAUGACACGAUGGUAUAGAAAGGGCGUGGUGAGGUGUGGCAGAGGAAUAGGGGACUUCAUUGGAGGGGACCUUGUGAAGUUCGACUUGAGUCGUUGGUUGUCAGACGUGGAAGAGCACAAGGCCCUGGCAAUAUACAGCCCCCACGAGGGAGGGUACGAAGGGCGGUACCUGAACAGGCUGAGGUACCAGGGCUACUAUUUCCUGGACCUCACUGCUCGGGGCCUCGGUGACCCUGAGACAACUCUCACCAAAGUCCAUCCUGUCUGCCCAGCUCAUGUAGGUAAGCAGCCCAUAGCAAGAUGGUAUUUCCCGCCAGAGGUUGAUUAUAGGCUCUCAUUAUUGCCUCCCAAUGCCAAAGGGUUAGUGGUUUGGAUAAUUGAAGCCAAGGUUUUGUCCAAGGCAGAACUGCAGUUUCUUGCUUUGCUCCCCUCUCUCAGGCCUAAAGUCAGGGUCAUUGCAGAAUGUGGAAACUGGAGGAAGUUCAUAUGGACGCCACUCAAAGAAAUUGCAGGAUUACCGGCAAAUCAGUGAGCAUAAGCUCAUUGCUCAACGACCAUCACAGCAAUGUUGUGGCGCCUUCAGCCGAAGGCUCUGCUUUGGCCAUCCUCUCAUGCAAUGGCUUCUUUUAUGCUGUUUCACGAGGAAGCUUUACUGAUACACAUUUCAUUCUUACCGUCGGUUAUUGGUUUAGGCAGUGCUGCUACCAGAAGUUUGCCUUGUAUAUUUCAUUUGUGAGAACUUUCACUGCAAGCUUUACAUGACACAUAAAUGAAGUAACAAAAAUUGCCUCA